AUGGACAAUCUUUGGUCCCAAUUCAUCAAAGCCAAAUACUCUCCUAGAGCCAAUAUGGUAUCAAAUGUCAUUAGCCCCAACAACUCAAACAUCUGGAGAAGUCUUUUGAAAAUCAGACCCCAAGCCAAGCACCACAUCCAAUGGGAGAUCAACAAGGGUAACACCUUAUUCUGGUGGGAUAAUUGGAUAACUCAAGGUCCUUUGGCUCCUAGAGUGUGGUUAGAAAGAAAACCAGGAAGCAUUACUGUUCAGAACUUUAUUAACAACAACCAAUGGAACACUGCUUCUCUAAGCAGAAUUCUACCAAAUGAGAUGAUCCAGGAAGUUACUAAUACUAGGAUAGGAGACAACGAGAUAGCAGAUACUUGCAUAUGGACACCAAGCACCAAUGGAAAUUUCUCAUGCUCUUCAGCCUGGGAGCUAAUUCCAGAGAAGGUGGAUCAUGUAUUUGCAACGAGUCCUUUCGCAGAUACUCUUUGGAAACAAAUGGCAAAACCACUAGGCAUUCAUCAGCAAAGCAAUUCUGUCCAGGGAGCACUUGAUCAAGCUAGUGGAGAGUUCAGCCAAAGAAUCAAGUUCACAAGCAUAUUCUUCUUAUCACCCCGUGUUACAUUCUAUGGCAACUAUGGAGAGCAAGAUGUGACAAAAGGUAUAGCUUCUAUCUCUAAAAGAUUCAACAAAAUUGACAACAAUUGGGACUGGAAAACAAUAAUCAAAAAAGCCGAAAACUACGGGAAAGAAUUACCAAGACAAUGGUAUAUUAGGACGGACAGAAGGGACGAUUGGAAGCUAAACACGGAUGGAAGUACGAUGGAAGGAAUCAGAGCAUCUGGCAUUGGGGGAAUUGUUAGAAAGGGAAAUGGAAGAAUGAUCAUAGCUUUUGCUAAACACAUCGAAUUCACAACUAACAAUUCCUGCGAAUUGCAAGCUGCAAUGCAUGGUAUCAAAUGGUAUAAAGAACAGCAGCAGCAGCCUCGUCUUAUUCUAGAAAUGGACUCACUAGUGAUAGUGAAUAUGCUCAGAGGACAGACUACUGCACCUUGGAGACUCAGGAAAUCCAUUGAAGAAGCCCGAAACAUCAUCCAACAGAACAUAUCGAAGUCAAGCACCGCUUCGUGGAAGCAAUGCCGUAGUCGACAUCUUGGCAAAAAAAGCCGCUAUAAACAAGUUCGAAAAAAAGACCUUCAUCAGGGAAGAUGA